CAAAGACGGACCGAGGCACAAGCAGCAACGAGCAGAGCAAGCGGCCGCUACCAACCGUACGUUGACUGCGAGUGACGCUUUUGCAGCCCGAAUCCGAGGGCCCGCGCCGAGCCCCCGGCCCCCGCACGCAGUCCGGCCCCGACGCGGGCCCGCCGCAUUCGCGCAGCUCGCACGCCGAACCGCCCGGCGGCCCCGGCCGCCGAACGAACGCGACCCGCGGCGGCCAUUACGAGCACCCGCCACCGCCGUAGCCGCCUUCGCCGGACGUUGUUGCCGCUCGCAUCGACGCCCCGCACCCUCGGAGGGUCGCGCAAGCCCCGGCCGCCGUAGCACGCCACCCCCCGCCGCCUCCUCCAGCCGCCAGGGAUGCCCUUGAAGGCGGGAAGCUAGCAUCGGAAGAGAGCGAGUCGAGGGAGAUGCCGCGCGUGAGCCAAGCCCCGGGCCACAGUGCGCCGGCCGCCGAGCCCGGGGCCUCGACGUCGGCGACCACGACGUACCUGCCGAGUCCGUCGUACAUGCUCGACCACGAGUACAGCCAGACGCCGCAGAACCAGAUGCUGAAGCCCCGCAGCGCCACGGCGGCGCCGCCGCUGCGUCAGGACGCCCGCCCCGUCGUCGACAUCGAGCCUAAGACAAUUGUGUCACAGCAAGUGAAACGCCGGCUCAACCUCGAGGGCACGCCCCCCUCCUCAUCCCCCGAUUCGGGCUUCAAGGCGCCCAAGGCGAAGAAGCCUCGCACUUCGGCCGCCAGCACUUCCUCCACGCCCAGCCCCAAACCGGCGCGGGCGGAAAAGACGCGUUACGACACGUCGUUGGGCCUGCUGACCAAGAAAUUCCUGAACCUGCUGCAGACGUCCCCGGACGGCGUGAUCGACCUGAAUAAGGCGUCGGAGCACCUGAGCGUGCAGAAGCGGCGCAUCUACGACAUCACCAAUGUCCUGGAGGGGAUCGGCAUCUUGGAGAAAAAGUCGAAAAACAACAUCCAGUGGAAGGGCGGGUGCGAAGGCGCGCCAGACGGUCCUUCGGCCGCGUCGCAGCUCCAGUCGGAGCUGAUCGGUCUCGAGCAAGACGAGCUCAACCUCGACUCGCUGAUCGAGAAGGCAAAGACGGAGCUGCUGGUUCUCUCGGAGGACACGCGGCUCGCCUACGUCACCUACCAGGACCUGAGGAACCUGGCCGGCCUCCAGCAGCAGACCGUGCUUGCUAUAAAGGCCCCGCCAGAGGCUGAGCUCAACGUUCCUGAGGGCCCUCUGCAAAUGUACCUGCGGUCGGAGACUGGCGAAAUCGAAGUGUUCUUACUGCCAGACGAGGAGAGCGAGCAGAAAAUGGCGCCCGAGAAGCUGGAGUCGCCGACGGCUGCCCAAAUGCCUCCGGGGCCCAUGCUGUCCGACAUGGGCAACGACUCAGACAUGUUGGAGCCGUCGAUGCUGUCUUCGAUGGCGAACCACGACCUGUUCAUACCGUUCGAGCUGCCGGUGGGCAGUCCCGACUACUGCUUCAGCAUGGACCACAACGAGGGUCUGUCGGACCUCUUCGACUUCCACCUCUAGCCACGCCCUCAAUUGUACAAAGUGUGCGUGCGGCGGGGCAGGCCGGAAGGCGGGCGGUGCCAUGGCUCUCGGGCGGAGGGAGGCCUUUGCAAAAGGCCUUUUUUAAACUGGACGAGUGUUCGGCUCGCGUCUCUUGUUUUCGUCUAUGUUUUACGUCUUGACUAAGGGGUUUGCUCUUGGGUUUUAACAGUUCAACUAUAGCUCUUGCGUACAUGUAAGUGCCUGAGACUCGCGGACAAGAAAGAAAUUAAGAAAGCAGCACCAGACCGCUGCCUAAACUAAAUUAAAAAGAAACAAAAAAAAAUCGGAAAGAGUCGCGUUGGCAGUCGAUCGCCAAGUACAAUUUACACAAAUACAUAAUAUAUUAAUCGUUUUUUAGUUUGUUGCUUGUACAGACUGAUUGUUUUCAUCUUUUUUAACUCGCCGGCUAAUUUUACGUUGAUUUCCUUCCUCUCAAAAAUUAAAUUAAAAAAAAGAAAAUCUGAUUGGCGCCUACAAAUUAAAACCGACAUAUCAAAUGGCAAUACUUCAACAAACUGAUUCUCUUCAUUUUUGCCGAGCCGAUCAGAUCUCCCGUGGAUGAAUGAAUGAUUGCAUUAUUCUACUUCUUAUGAAUUUAGGGGACACACUUAUAUAAGAGCGAACCGAGUGCCAGUGAACAGAACAGAACAGAAAAGAAACGAGGUGUGCAAGCGACAAGUCUAUUAAUUAUUAUUUUCAUUUCAAUUGGCGUCUUGACGUGUAGCAAAGUUAGUCUAGGAUUAGGAAGUGAGUGCACCGACGUGACCCACAACUCAUUUGACAAAUUCGAUGAAGAAAACAAACACACACACUAACAAAAGUAAGCAUCGCGUUCCAUUUAAAAAAUGAAUAAAAUAAAUAAAUGAAGAGUGACAGACAGUCUCACUUGCGAAUUAAAAAAUCCCUGCACCAAUGCAGAAAUGAACAAAA